AUGUUUUCUCUAGAUUACGACGAGUGGUGUCAGCAGAUGGCGGAAAAUCUCUCGUGUGUGAACCGCUAUGCGGCACAAAAUCUUGUCACGGAUUUCAGCGCAGCGUCAGAAGCUGUGGCCUUACCUAUAGUGAAAGCGGAAGGUGCCAGGAGCGAUAAUGCGCCUCGCAGCAAAAGAUCAAAGUACAUCGCCAAGUCGUGUGCGGAAUGCAAGUUGAAGAAGCGCAAGUGCAGCGAAGCUCGGCCUUGCGUGAUGUGUAUCAUGUCAGGAACGAGCGACAAGUGUCUGACAGAGGCUCGCACUGUCAGCUUGUCCACAAGCAUUUGUGAUCAUCGAGAAGCUUACUUUCAAGACGUCCGUGCGCAAGAAGCUUCGCUCAACGUGUUGAAGGAAACUUGUGCCUUCAGCGGUGUGAACAUCACGCUUGUACGCCCUCUGUGGGAGCUCGGCUUCGACGUCUCAAUGCUCUUCAAGGCGUUCAAGAUCCUUCCCCUGGACCUCAAAGUCGCGGUGGACGAAUUGGUUGAUCUAAUUCGACAGGGUUUGAGCAAGAGCUCCUUGCGCAACCCUGAAUAUCUGUCGAUUCUGCAGCAUCAGAAUGAACUGGGACGGUUGAGCAAGUUUCAACAUUGUCAGAAUGCAAAGAGGUUGGGAAAUCAGAUGGAUGAAGAGGAUGAAGGCGAGGUACAUUUUGAUCGCAUCGCAUGCAACGAACGAUGGGGGCAUGGGCGAUGGUUGUCAGUUGAGUUUGACUCAAGAUUGAUAUGCAAGAGAAUAAGGAUCGGGGAUGAGAUGUCAAACCUGUUGGGCUGUCAUCAUACAGAGAUCUUGUCUCGCUUCUUUUGUCAUGACCUGGUCAAGUCGAUGAGCGAGUAUGAACUCUUAGUUGCCUGGACGUCUUCAAUCAUGUGCUCCUUCGAUUCGCAGUCAAUAUUUUACAUCAAGAUAAUGCGAGGAAGCGUGCAGGAUGGCGACAGGCGUGUGCAGCACCUCAAGUGCUGUUUUCACAAGAACUUCAAUGGCGAUGGCAUACAGAUCGGCUACACUAUACUCUUCGAACCAGUCUCAUCCGAGAUCUACCAGCAGCAAAAGAACAGAUUCCUCCCGCCGUCGUAUCAGAAGCCGCAACCAGAUCGUGACAUAGACAAAGAGAUCACCAAAGAGUCGAUCGUUUUCAUGAGGAAGUUGCGAGUUGUGAGCGAGGACAGGCUUUCGCACCUGGCGGGAUUGAUCAAGCGCUGGGUGGGGGAGGUGAAAGCUUGUCAUCCGCUGUUUGCGAAUAAUUCAGAAGCGGAGAUUGAGAUGAUGAGGUCCUAA